CUAGGGGAUGCAAUGCUCCUGUCUCUCCAGCAAUCCUUGUGACUUCUCUGUCUCCAGUGACCCCUGUGUCUCCAGUGACCCCUAUGGCUGCAGUGACCCCUUGACCCUUGUUUCUCCAGUGACCCCUAUGACCCCAGCAACCCCUGUGUCUCCAGUGACCCCUAUGACUCCUGUGACUGCUCUGUCCCCAGCAAUCCUUGUACCUUCUAUGCCUCCAGCAACCCCGUGUCUGCAGUGACCCUUGCAACUCCUGUCUCCAGUGACCUGUGUCUCCUGAGACCUUUGGGACCCUUGUGUCUCCUUUGUCCCCAGCAACCCAUAUAUUUCCAGCAACCCUUGUAAAUCCUGUUUCUCCAGGGACCCCUGUGUUUCCAGCAACACUUGUGACUCCUGUACCUUCAAUGACCCCCAUGUCUCCAGAGACCCU